GACGGCACAGUGCAAAAGUUGAGGGGAGAAACCCUUGAUAAAUCAUGUUAUUUUGUUUGGUUUAAACAUUUCUAUAGAUAGUGUUUAGUAGUUGUAAUCAAGUGUCGUUCAUCUUUUAAUUGGUAAUGGAGGAAGCAGGAGAAGAAUCUGCAUCGGCAGCGAUGGAGCCAGUCAGUGACAACCCAGACAUUCAUGCAGAGCUCCCUGCCAGCACAGAGACGGUCGAGGUUAAUCCAAUGGCUCGCACAUCUAGCACAGAAUCAAGCCACACAACCACUGGAAACUUAGAUAGUGUAGAUCUUCUGUCUCCAGAUGUAGAGGAGGUGGAUAUUCUUGGGUCUGGGGUGGAGGAGGGAGACCAUAAAUCAAUGAAAAUGAAAGAAGAAAUGCUUUCAGAGCAAGUUGGCCAAGAACUGGACACUGCUAAUGAUGGUCCCUUGUCGGGGAAAUCAGCUCUUGCACAGAGUAUGGAGGAACUGUCCUUGGACCAGUCUGCUGUUGAACCAGAGCCAGAACUGACAGAGGACCAGACUGCAGGGACAGAGAUAUCAGAAAACGACAAAGACUCUGCUCCAUCUCUUGCACAGUACUUUGCUCACUCCCAGGAUAAUUCUGGUGCUGAGUUUUUUGACUCUCUUCCUCCAACAAGUGCUGAUGAUAGCGGAUUCAUUCCAGAUACGUCAGAGAAAACCCAAGUUGAAAAUGGAGGAGAGGAUACUGCGAACACUGGAAAGUUAGAGUCUAGGGUUGGGAAGAGAGAACAAGUCCUUACAGAAAUAGGGGCUUUAAAAGAGGCAACACAUGAGGAGAAGCCUAAAGUAGACCAAGAAAUUCGUGGUGUUCCUUUGCCUGCUGUGCCACAAUCCACAUCAGUUGCUGCCACAACUGCAACAGAAAUAACAGUUGAUACCUCAACUACCACAACACCCACAACAACAACAACACAAUUCCCUCUGCCUACCACACCCCCUUUACCCCAGUUUGAACAGACCACCCCACCACUACCUAUGGCUGCUCCCACUGAUGACAUGUUUUCUGUUGGAAUGGAUAAUGUAGACAGGAGUUAUGAUGCAUGGAUUCCAUCAGAGGCUACAAGACAGGUACUGAUAGCUAAGGUGACCAGUGCCCCAGGGACAUUCUUCCCCAGUGCAGAGCAGUUGACUUGCCCAGGACUGUUGUAUGAUGACUUGCAGGGUGACCCAGUGAAGGACCUGGUAUACAGAUAUAUGGGAGAUGUAGAAGCCAGCAAGAGGCAGACCCUCACAGCAGACAGUGUGCCACCUAAUGAUGAGGGUCUCAGACAGCUUAUUAAAGCAGAGUGUCACCGUGCUGCCAUUGACCUGACUGGAAAGAUACUAAGAGAACAUGGACAAGGCAUGGGAAGUGCUGGACAGAUUUCUAAUAAUACACCUUGGAGUUUGCAGAUAUGGUUUACGCGUAUAGCUUUGAUGAUGAAGUUGAAGAUGUACAGUUUGGUGGAGUCUGAGCUUCAGGCAUUUGGAACCUUGGACAAACCUGAUCUGUACUACAAUUAUUAUCCAGAUGUAUAUAAAGGCAGAAAAGUUUUUCUCUAA